UUGGUUGUGGCUUUUAAAGCGUGCAUAUAAAAAAAAAUUGUAUAGAAAAAGAGAAGAAGAAACAACUGGGUGACAAAAAAGACCAUAGAAACCCAAGUCCUGAUUUCUGAGAUCUUGUUAAGGUGUUGAUCAACAUGGAAGCAAAGAUUGAAGUAUUAGAAGAAAGCUUGGCUGAGGUGAGGAAAACCUUUAGAAGUGGCAAAACUCGAAGUGUUUCAUGGAGAAAAAACCAACUUCGAGCACUAAUUCAGCUCAUCAACGACAAUGAAGACAAGGUUAUGAAAGCACUGUAUGAUGAUCUUGGGAAACACCCUGUUGAAGCUUAUAGGGACGAGGUUGGAGUAGUGCUAAAAUCUAUCAACUAUGCUUUGAACAAUAUAGACAAAUGGACGGCCGCUAAAAAGAGUUCAUUGCCAUUGCUUUUCUUUCCUGCAAAAGGAGAAGUCCUGCCUGAACCGUUUGGCGUUGUUGUCAUAUUUUCAUCUUGGAACUUCCCUAUAGCAAUGGCAUUGGACCCUUUGAUAGGAGCAAUAUCGGCAGGAAACACAGUGGUUAUUAAACCUUCAGAACAAGCCUCAGCAUGCUCUGCUUUUCUUGCCCAUUAUAUCCCUCUUCACAUGGACAGCAAGGCCAUCAAAGUCAUUGAAGGUGGAGCAGAAAUCAGUGAACUAUUACUGCAGCAAAAAUGGGACAAGAUAUUCUUUACUGGAAGUCCUCGAGUAGGGCGUAUUGUAAUGACUGCAGCUGCAAGGCACUUAACACCCGUCACUCUAGAGCUUGGUGGAAAAUGCCCUACCAUUCUAGAUUCCCUCUCGGAUCCUAGAGAUAUUAAGGUGGCGGUCAAAAGGAUUGUUGCAGGGAAAUGGGGACCUUGCAGUGGACAAGCAUGUAUAGGAGUGGAUUAUAUGCUUGUUGAGGAGAAGUUUGCUCCUGUUUUUAUAGAGUUAGCACAGGGAAUAAUCAAGAGAUGUUUUGGUGAAAUCCCAAAAGAAACAAAGAGAAUGGCUAGAAUUGUGAAUAAGCACCACUUUGAGAGACUGCGGAAUCUUAUCGAGGACCCUCUUGUUGCGGAUUCCAUUGUAUAUGGCGGUUCUCUAGAUGAAGAGAAUCUGUUCAUUGAGCCAACAAUCUUGUUAAAUCCUCCCCUUGAUGCUGAGAUCAUGACUGAAGAAAUCUUUGGGCCAUUGCUACCUAUAAUCACUUUGAGAAACAUUCAGGAAAGCGUUGAAUUCAUAAACAGCAGGCCAAAGCCUCUUGCCAUUUAUGCAUUUACCAAGAAUGAAGCAUUGAAGGGAAAAAUUUUAUCAGAAACAUCUUCAGGAAGUGUGACUUUCAACGAUGUCAUGGUUCAAUUUCUUUGUGAUGAGCUACCAUUUGGUGGUGUUGGACAGAGUGGGUUUGGGAGGUACCAUGGAAAGUAUUCAUUUGAGACCUUCAGCCAUGAAAAAGCAGUCAUGCAUGGAAGCUUCUUUCCAGAAAUAGGCCCUAGAUAUCCUCCAUGGAAUGACUUCAAGCAGAAAUUUAUCCGACUGGGAUACGCACUUGACUACUUUGGACUACUUCUGCUUCUCCUGGGGAUUAAAAGAUAGCCACGUAUAUAUAAUAUACCAAUGUUAAUUACUCCACGGCAGUCAGUCACUGUUAUUCAUUAUAGGAGUAAAAGGAUUUGAAAUGUGUUAAUAAACGAAUAAUUACUCCACGGCAGUCAGUCACUGUUAUUUAUUAUAGGAGUAAAAGGAUUUGAAGUGUGUUAAUAAAUGAACCACCUUCUAGCUGCUUGAUUAAGUUUAUCAUCAUCGUUUGCCGCCGUGCUUCUUUGUACCAUGCAACAUAAUUCUUCUAUGAAAUAAAAUUAUCUUUUUAAUUC